AGAAACACCAAUCAUAUAAUAAUAAUAACACACCAUUGUCUCUUCCUUCAAGCAGAGCUACAAAUCCAAAAUACUUCUUAUUUUAAUUGUUUGGACCUUAGCUUUUAUCUUCUACCAAAUUCCUCUGAUUUUAGUUGAAAAUCCAACACCUGACUUACUUCAUCAGCUUUUUGGCCCCACUUUACAAAGUAUGAGCAAGUUUUUCUUGUUUUCUACAGCAAAGCAAUGCUCACACCAUUUUCGUGGAGCAUAAAGUCUUCAAAACCUAACCAAAGCUUUGAAAUUUCUCAGCAAGAAAGAGAGAUCUAGGGAUUGGUUAUUAAGAGAGAGAGAGAGUACAGUACACUAUAGGUCCUUGUGCUGUUGUGUUUUGUGCAUCUGUUCUUGUGUCUCUCAGAUAAAAAAAUAGUUUCAGAGACAUUGAAUCUCACACACACUCACACACGCGUAAAUUUCUCAACUUUUUUUUUUUAAUAUUUCUUUUAGCUUCUGGGGUCACUUGAGAAAGCAUCUUGGAUUGCGUGAUACUUCCACUUUUCUCAUUUCAGAAAAUGGGUUUAGAUUGAGUGAAGUGUUAAAAGUGUAUGUAAGCAAGAGUUGAAGAAGAAGUUCUUUCAAUUUCUGUGUUUGUGAUUUUCUUAAUCUUAGAGAAUGAAGCAGAAGGGUUUUAAAGAGAGAGGUGUUGUAGUGGGGAAGAAAGUAAUGGUUGCUGUUAGAGCUUCAAAGGAGAUCCCAAAAGCAGCUCUUUUAUGGACUUUAACUCAUGUUGUUCAACCUGGAGAUCGAAUUAGGCUUCUUGUUGUUGUUCCUUCUAAUUACACAAGUAAAAAGAUUUGGGGGUUUUCGAGGUUUACCAGUGACUGUGCUUCAGGUUAUGGAAGAUUUCUUGCUGGAACGAAUUCAGAUAGGAAAGAUGAUAUUCAUGAGUCUUGUUCUCAGAUGAUGUUUCAGUUACACAAUGUUUAUGAUGCAGAGAAGAUAAAUGUCAGAAUCAAAAUUGUUUUUGCUUCACCUGAUGGAGUUAUUGCUGCUGAAGCCAAGAAAUCCAACUCAAACUGGGUGAUUUUAGACAGGGGACUGAAGUAUGAGAAAAAAUGCUGUAUUGAGCAAUUGGAGUGCAAUCUUGUUGUAAUCAAGAAGUCACAGCCAAAGGUUCUUCGUCUCAAUUUGGUGAAAAAUGCAGAUACAGAGCAUCCAGAAGCUUUAUCAAGGUUAGCCUCAAAGUCUGUAGAGUCUUGGAGAAGCUCAAGAACUGGAAAAAAGCUGAGGGAACCGUUUGUGACUCCGGCUAGCAGUCCAGACCAAGAAGUUUCUUCACAUACUGAUAUUGGGACUUCAUCAAUAUCUAGCUCUGAUGCUGGAGCCUCACCGUUUUUAGCUUCUCGAGUCUUUGAGGGUCUCAAGGAAGAAAAUUUGUGGGUUAAUGAUGGAAACAAGAGUUUCUUUGAAUCUGAUUCUGACUCUGAUGGUGAAAAGUGGAGUCCUUUAUCAAUGGCCUCUUCAUCUUCUCAUCCUGUGACAACAGCUGAUAUUCUGAGUCCUAGUGGGGAUUUAUUGAAAGCUCAUACCGAAACUCCGAGGAAAUCAAGAUUUGCGGUUCUUAGGCUCGCUUUAUCGAAGAGAGAACCUGAACCAGGAAAGGAAAUCCGUAAUUCUGAUACAUGCUUAAACAAAAGCGUGAGAGAAGUUGUUUCUUUAUCCAGAAAGCCAGCUCCUGGACCUCCUCCACUAUGUACCAUAUGUCAACACAAGGCACCUAAAUUUGGAAACCCUCCAAGAUGGUUCACUUACGGCGAAUUGGAGACCGCAACAAAAGGUUUUUCGAAAGGGAGUUUCUUGGCUGAAGGUGGGUUUGGUUCAGUUCACCUAGGAACUUUACCAGAUGGUCAAAUUAUUGCUGUCAAACAAUAUAAGAUUGCUAGUACACAAGGUGACCGAGAAUUCUGCUCUGAAGUUGAAGUCUUGAGCUGUGCACAACAUCGGAAUGUUGUAAUGCUCAUUGGACUAUGCGUGGAGGAUGGGAAAAGAUUACUCGUUUACGAGUAUAUCUGUAAUGGAUCCUUGCAUUCUCAUCUUUAUGGUAUGGGGAGAGAGCCAUUGGGAUGGUCAGCACGACAAAAGAUUGCGGUAGGAGCAGCUCGUGGGUUGAGAUACCUUCAUGAAGAAUGCAGAGUCGGUUGCAUCGUGCAUAGGGAUAUGCGUCCUAACAAUAUUCUUCUCACUCAUGAUUUUGAGCCUUUGGUUGGAGAUUUCGGGCUAGCGAGAUGGCAACCAGAAGGAGAUAAAGGAGUGGAAACUCGAGUGAUUGGAACUUUCGGGUACUUGGCACCUGAAUACGCACAAAGUGGACAGAUUACAGAGAAAGCAGAUGUUUACUCUUUUGGGGUAGUCUUAGUUGAGCUUAUCACAGGAAGAAAAGCUAUGGACAUAAAACGUCCUAAAGGUCAACAAUGUCUCACCGAAUGGGCAAGACCAUUGUUGCAGAAACAAGCCAUUAACGAACUUCUUGAUCCGCGUCUAAUGAAUUGCUACUGUGAGCAAGAAGUUUAUUGUAUGGCGCUAUGUGCUUACCUCUGCAUUCGCCGUGACCCUAACUCGAGGCCACGAAUGUCUCAGGUGUUGCGGAUGUUAGAAGGAGACGUUGUCAUGAAUCCAAUUUAGAAGAAGCUUCACAAGAAAAUUUCUUUUUUAUAGAAUUUGUACACUAUUUACUAUUUAGGGUUACUAUUACAGCUUUUUUUCUCUUAAAUGAGUUUUGCUUUUUUGUAUAUGUAAAAGUUUGUUAAUGAGACAAAGAUUCAAGUAAUGUUUGUGGAGAUUAUUUUACAAAUAAUUUUGAAUUUAAUCCAGUGGCAUGUGUCAUGGAUUCAUGGCCAGUUAAAGUCUGAAUAAUUGAGGUUAA